AUGAUAUGGAAAGUAGAGAAAAAGGAGAAGGAAGUGAAGGAAGCGGAAACGGAGGAGAAGGAACUGAAGGAAGCGGAAACGAAGGAGGAGGAGAAGGAGGAAGAAGAGGAAGAGGAAAAGGAAAAGAAAAGAAAAGGAAUAAUGAAAACUGCAAAUGCUGUCUUUUUAAAUGAUAUGAGAACAAAAAUUAAAAUG